GUUGGCAGUCUCCACCGAGCCAACCCCGGGCCGAGCAGCGAUACUUUAUCUCAGCCUCCGCCACCACCAGCGCGCGCACACGAGUCUAGACCUCGCGGGACAACAGAGCCCGUCUCGGAAUGCUUUCUGGGUAGCAGGCUGUAUAUAAUCAGGUUGCUGCUCCGUCCCGCUGACUCUGUGUGAGCUUCUUUUGGGUUUUCUCUUGCUGUAAUGCGUAAAAGAGCAACGGGGAAUUCAUUCAGAGGGAGACAGGACGCACCGUGGACGCGCGCGCUUUAGCCACAAUGCGUCUGCGCUUCUCCAAGGAUCUCGUGCCAUAGAUGAUAUGCCGACACUGCGGACGCUUUGACAACUAAUUCCAGGAUUAUAAUGACACAGAGACACAAGUUUGGUUCCCAACUCCAGUGACCAACUUUUCUCCGAACCAACACCAACAGGUGCGCUCUCGCGUUACCCACACGCCGGGCGAGAUCUGCGGGCUCUGGAUGAGGAUUUAUCUUGAUUUAGGGAGAUUUAACUUUCACUUUCCCCCCAAAAGGACUGAUGAUACAGAUUAUGUGGAUUCUACUCUGCUUUUACCCUCUCCAAAUGUGUCGGAAACAGCACUGGUGUCCCGUAAACGACGCACGUGUGUGGUGAGCCAAACCAUCCCGUCAACAGCGCUUUGCCCACCGCCACUCAUCCAAAUGAUCCUUCCAUUCAUUUUCCUUCUUGCAUCGCUUCUCCAACAAUAUGGCUCGGAAGCUGAAUCAAGUCACGUCAGCAAAUUUCAACCCCCAAGUGUAAAGGAGCAAAACGGAGUGCAAGAUUCCCAUCAGGAGAAGGUCAUUACAGUGUCUGGAGAGGGAAUGGUCCACAGCCCAGACUUCCCACGCACUUAUCCCCGGAAUACGGUGUUGGUCUGGAGACUGGUGGCGACCGACAACAUGAGGAUCCAGCUCGCCUUUGACGAGAGGUUCGGUCUGGAGGACCCAGAAGAUGGCAUGUGCAAGUACGACUUUGUGGAGAUAGAGGAUCCGACUGAGAACACCGUCCUGGGUCGCUGGUGCGGGUCACAGUCGGCACCAGCUAGUCACACUUCUAAAGGCAGUCAGAUCAGGAUCCGCUUCAUCUCAGAUGAGUACUUCCCCUCCGAGCCGGGCUUCUGCAUCCGCUACUCCGUCCUCCCUGUGAGUGUCUCAGAACCAGAAGUCCCCGCAGUGCUCCCAAUGUCCCAGCAGGGCAUUGAGGACUUGUCGGAGGCGGUGGCCGGGCUGGGCACCGUGGAGGAGGUCAUGAAGUACCUGGAGCCGGAGCGAUGGCAGCUGGAUAUGGACGAGUUGUACAAGCCGACAUGGCAUGUCCUGGGAAAAUCCUUUAUCCUUAAUAAGAAGGCCAGAGGAGGACUUGAUCUCAAUCUGUUGAGGGAGGAAGUUCGACUGUACAGCUGCACUCCACGUAACUUCUCUGUGUCCUUGCGUGAGGAGCUGAAGAGGACAGACGCCAUUUUCUGGCCAAGCUGCCUCCUGGUGAAGCGCUGUGGGGGAAACUGUGCCUGCUGCUCUCACCGCUGCUACGACUGCCAGUGUGUUCCCGCCAGGGUGGCGAAGAAAUACCACGAGGUGCUGCUGUUGAAACACCGAAUCGGCGUCAGAGGCUUGCAGAAGUCCAUGGUCGACGUGCCCUUGGAGCACCACGAGGAGUGCGCCUGUGUGUGCAAAGAUGACUUGGACUGACCUGAGACCAGCGUAAAAAAAAAAAAAAACUGCCACUGGAACCACACGGGAUGUUAGAAGUGAACGCCUGCCCGCCGUCGCGGCGUUGUGUAUCUCAUCCACUUGCGGAGCGAACUAGACUGUCCCUUUAGCCUGUUGUCCGUACGCUAAUUGGAUGAAGCAGAACAGACUGGAAUCGAAUACAUCUUCGGAAUGGAUCUGACUGCUGUGGAAUAGCAAUAUCGUGCCCCGAGUGCAUUUUAGAGAGACAUCAAAAAGAUGCACUGAAGCAGAUCUGGACUAUUACCUAUGUGUUUUUCUUCAGCUCACAGAUCAGAACAUAUAGGUAUUUUCUCUUCUUUAAGCCAGUGAGGGCUGAUAGUGUCAUGGAAAAUGGGAGCCUCUUUAUUCAAGUACUUUUCUCUUUUUUGUAUGUCGAGAGCUGGCUCCAGCUGAUUUACUCCCUCUGUUCCUCUAUUAUUACCACCAAGGCAAAGAAAGGUGCUAUUUUUUCCAUCAGCAUUUUUUUUUCUCCCCUCGUUGUUUCCUUACAGAUUUAAUCUGCAGCCACGGCCACGCUGAAAUGUCUCGCUAAUGAAACCGUAUUACGUGUAAAUAUUUCAUCUACGUUGUCCUUCUGUACUAUCAUGCCUUUUCUACCAAAGAUUCUCAAAGAGAAGAUCAAAGUUGCACAUGUGGAAUCAGUUCGGGUGGCGUUCAUGACAACUCUUAAUUCUGUCUCAAAUCCGCUCGCUUCAGGAAUGCCGAGCGUCAAGCAGUUCUCGCUACGUAUUUGAGAUUGUUCAUCUUCGAUAUUUAUUUGUGUAAUGAAAGGGAAAUGUAGGUCCAACAUGUCGUGUGUGUUUGUGUCACUGUACAGUAGUAUUAGCCUCCAGUUUUCUUUUUUUUAGCUAUUUUACAUUGCCAUUGUGUCAACAAUUUUUCUGUAUGCCAAAGUUAUUUAUCUCUACAUUUUGCAAUAACUGUUUGUGUGUAUCAUUGUACUGAACAUCAAAAAUAAAUGCUUCCAUUUUUAA